UCAUUCACAAGCAUUCUAUUUCUCUCCUCAGUGUCUUUUGGAUCCUGGUAUGAUCAUGUCAAAGGUUGGUGGGACCUCAUGAAGAAAUAUAGGAUUCUGUACCUCUUUUAUGAAGACCUGAAAGAGGAUCCAGAACGGGAGAUUCGAAAGAUAAUGGAAUUCCUAGAGAGGCCAGUUGAUGAAAACUUAGUCAAGAAGAUUUCACACCAUACUUCCUUCAAAGUGAUGAGUCAGAACCAGAUGGCUAAUUACAAAAGCCUUCCCACUUCAGUUAUGGAUCACACAGUUUCUCCUUUUAUGCGGAAAGGAGUUGCUGGUGACUGGAAGAACCAAUUCACAGUGGCACAAAAUGAGCGUUUUGAUGAGAAUUACAAGAUGCAAAUGACAGGAACUACACUCCAGUUUCGAACAGAGAUAUGAUUGUUCUUUUUCUAUUUGGGUAUGCAUUCUUUCGCUCACAUUAAAAUAACCCAACAUGU